UUUGUAGUCUUUGUGGCACACUUUGGGUCCCAGCGUGCUCCGUGAUGUCAUUUCUUUUCUGUUGUUUUGGUGUUUACAGUCAUGAGUAAGCGGAAGAUGAAAGAAGCAUCUCUGCUAAUAGGAGAAUGUGUCUCACAGCUUCAGAAGAUAUUAAGGGAGAGAUUUUGUCACCAGCAGCUUCCAGACAGACCUGAUGGAGAAGACGCUCAGCACAAACAACUUUUGGAGCUGCUGAGGAGGACAGCCGUGCACGGUGAGAGCAACUCUGUGCUCAUCGUCGGGCCCAGGGGAGCCGGGAAAACAACGCUUCUGAGGUGUGUGCUGAAGGAGCUGCUGGAGGAAAAAGAAGUGCAGAAAAACCUUUUGCAAGUUCAUCUCAACGGCCUCCUGCAGACCGACGACAGAAUUGCACUGAAAGAAAUAACGCGGCAGCUUCAGCUGGAAAACGUCGUCGCGGAUAAAGUGUUUGGCAGUUUUGCAGAGAACCUGGCCUUCCUGUUGGACGCGCUGAAGAAAGGUGAUCGCAGCAGCAGUCGGCCCGUGUUGUUUGUUUUGGACGAGUUCGACCUGUUUGCUCACCACAAGAAUCAGACUCUGCUCUACAACCUGCUGGACGUGUCGCAGUCGGCCCAGACGCCCGUCGCCGUGGUCGGCCUCACCUGCCGACUGGAUGUCCUGGAGUUGCUGGAGAAACGGGUCAAAUCCCGUUUUUCCCACCGUCAGAUCCACCUGCUGAGCAGCAUCACGUUCACGCAGUACCUGGACCGGGUCAGAACCCAGCUCAGUCUGCCGGACGGCUUCACCGACACCAAGUUCUCCCGAGAGUGGAACGCCAGCAUCAAGAGUUUGUGCGACAAUAAAUUGGCAGAGGAGGUUUUCCGGCGUCACUUUAACUCGACAAAAGACUUCCGCUCGACGAACAGACUGCUGAUGUUGUGUUUGAGUCGUGUCUCUGUCGCCAAACCGGUGAUCCGACCCGCUGACCUGCUGGAGUCCAGUCGAUUGUGUUUUGCGGACUCCAGCGCCAACAUGCUGCACGGUCUAUCUAUCCUGGAGCUGUGCCUGAUCAUUGCCAUGAAGCACCUGAAUGACGUCUAUGAAGGUGAACCGUUUAACCUCCAAAUGGUUCAUAACGAGUUUAAGAAGUUCCUUCAUAGAAAAUCCAACUCCAUGUACAACUUUGAGAAGCCCGUCAUCAUGAAGGCCUUUGAACACCUGCAGCAGCUGGAGCUGAUCCGUCCAGCUGACAGCUCUUCAGCCAAAACACAAAGGGAGUACCAGCUGAUGAGACUCGUGCUGGACCAGAGCCAGAUCAUGGAGGCCUUACAGAAGUACCCACAAUGCCCCACGGACGUCAAGCAGUGGGCGCUGUCGGCCUUCGCCUAAAGACGCCGCAGAGACUUUGUACAGUCAUUUUGUUUGAAAAGCUUU